AUGGAAGCUACUUUGGUCACUCUUUCAAAGCAAAUUCAAAGCUUUGUUCCGCUAUUAUCAUCCUACGAAGCUGAACACGCAGGUCACAAGCCUUACGAUGUAAGGCGGCUUCCUUUUGCCACGACUGUUUGGUUUAUUUCCCAAUCCAUCGAUGCACUUUCGGUCUAUAACCAUGAAUAUCAACGCUAUAUGUGCAUUUCUUUCACUGUCGCUUACCAAGGAAUUAUAAUGACCAACUCAAAAUAUUUCAACAUGUUUAAUGAUCUUGAACCAAAUGGCAAUAACGAUGUUCUCUUUAGUAGAAAAUCCGUGUUUACUACUGCUGGUGUCUCAAGUAUUCAGAAGCACGCUUUGACGCGCUGCACCACAAAAGAGUACUACCAUUACACUGGGCCUACGAAAUAUGCCGCCAAGCAGACAAAGCUGAAAAAAGAACAAGGGUUUUGA